AUGUCUGAAGUAAAAAUUGUCGCCGCAAGUAUUGUUAAUUUUCUAAAGCAGCAACUUGAAGGUGCUGAAUUAAACAAUGAUUCUCGUGAAAGUGUGGAAGUUGCAGUACAAUGCAUUGAAACCGCUUUUGAACUCAGCCCGGAGGAGCUUAGCCAAGGUAUUGAUUUGUUGCAAUUGGUACGGCAGCAGAGCGGUAAUGCGAAUGCCAAUCGUGUUGAAGCUGAGAGAUUAAAAAAUGAGGGCAACGAGUUCAUGAAAGCGGAAAAAUAUCGCGAAGCUUACGACAAAUAUACCAAAGCUAUAGAACUGGAUCCUCAUAAUGCUGUAUAUUUCAGCAAUAGGGCUGCGUCACACUUUAAGCUUGGCGAACACGAGUUGGCAAUCGCCGACUGCACGGCCGCUUUAGCACUACAGCCCAACUACGGAAAAGCUCAUGGACGCCUCGGGUUAGCUCUAACAGCGUUGGAUCGCCAUAGGGAAGCUCAGGCUGCUUUCGCGCGUGCUGCCCAACUGGAUCCAGACAACGAAUCAUACAAAGAAAACCUCCGACUGGCAGAGGAGAAACUUGCACAAAGAGGCGAGCGUGGUCCAAUAGAUCUUGGAGGAUUGCUACAAAAUCCAGCACUAUUGAACAUGGCUACUGAAAUGCUUUCUGAUCCAAAUAUGCAAAAUCUUAUAUCUGGAUUAAUGAAUAACACCCAGGCUGCUAGCGGAGCUGGUGGAAUGAACGCUUUGCUAGAAGCUGGCCAAGCAUUGGCACAACACAUGCAGGCUGCCAACCCGGACCUAGUGGAGCAGCUCAGGAGGCAAGUCCGCCCCCCUGGCCAGGGCGAUAACCAGCCACCUUCACAA